CUUUGUUUUGACUUUUAAUGCUUAAAUUUAUACGCGUAUGUGUAAAUUCUUUUUUAUUUUCGUCGUCAGGAAUCUCGAUAUGAUCUGCUUGCUGCUGUUUUUGUGCUGCUGGUCCAUUAUGGCAUUGACGCAUGUAUAAAAGUCUGUCAUCAAAGCAUGGAGCUUGUCAUUUAGCUUGUCGCGUUUUUAGGUGAACUUCACAGCUCAUCAUUUCAAAUUGUGCUAGUUAUAUUGUUGUUGUUGUUGUUCCAUUUAACACUAAAAAAUUUCGUUUGCCACAUUUAUACAUUUUCAUUAAUGCGAAUUUCUAGUUAAUUAAAUUAAAAAUAAAUAUGAAGUUUUUCUUGGUCCUCUGUUUGUGUGUUGCCGCGGCGCUGGCAAAGGAUGAAGUGCAAUUGAUCUCAAAUGAAGCGAUGGUGGAAUAUGAUGGAAAAUUUCAUUACCAUUACGAACUCGGUGAUGGUUCGAAAGCUUCGCAAGAUGGUGUCUUAAAAAAUGUCGAUCCUGAGCACCAAGGCGAAUCGAUUGAGGGUAAAUUCGCAUUUGUAGGCGACGAUGGCAAAGAGUACUUGGUGUCAUACAUUGCUGAUGAGAACGGCUACCAACCAAUAGGCGAUCAUUUGCCCACACCACCACCAGUGCCGGAAUCCGUAUUGAAGACAUUGAAGUAUUUGGAAGAACAUCCCUACAAUCCUGAAGCGGCAGCGAAAAAGCACUAGAGAUUAAAUUAUAUAAUACAAAUGCUCAGCAUAAGUUGAAGCGAGUUUAUAGAGGAGAACUGUGAUCUUUGCGAUGCGCAAUGUGUUAAAUAAAUAAAAGAAAAAUAUAAGUUUUGAACUGAUUCCUAAAAACAAUGUUAAA